CGCCGCAUCUACAUCCUGGGCACCGGCAGCAUCGGCAAGUUUGUCGCCCACAGUCUGCGCUCCAUUCCGAACCCUCCACCCGUGACCCUCCUGUUCCACAAGCCUUCGCUCUUGAAGGAGUGGCACGCCGCCGGCGAAGAGAUUCGCCUCUCCAUCCGAGUUGCCCUUGGUCAGCGGGCUGACGUUGCGCGAAAUGGCUUUGACGUGGAGCUGGCCAUGCCGAACAGGCGCGAGCACGGGAAGGAGAUUGAAUACGCCUACGACCCCUUGAGGACUUUCACGCCAAAGCCGCAGAAAGAGACGGAAGAAUUGCCGAACAAUUAUGUGCGCGAUGAUACCUUAACAGAUGAGCCCAUCGACAGUCUUAUUGUGACGACCAAGGCGUUCAGCACCGUCUCAGCACUCUCUGCCAUACAACACCGCCUGUUGCCCACAUCGACUAUCCUCUUCCUGCAAAACGGCAUGGGAGUCUCCGACGAAGUAUCUCGCGUCCUCUUCCCAGACGAGGCAGCAAGACCAAAGUACCUUCAAGGCGUCGUUAGCCAUGGCGUGUCCAGUCAAACCCCCUUCUCUGCCAAGCAUACCGGCACUGGCACCAUCCAGAUGGGCCCGCUACCGCGCCCCGAUUCCGAUGAAGACAUGACCCAAAUGCAGUCGUUCCAUUCCCUGGGAGCUACCUCGCACUACCUCUUGCGUACAUUGGCCAGGACGCCUGCUCUGUGCGCAGUCAGUCUCAGCCCUGUAGGCAUCCUUUGUUCUCAGCUCGAAAAAUUGGCUGUCAAUUGUGUUAUCAACCCGCUCACGUCCCUGACUGAUGCCCGAAACGGGAGUCUCCUGUACAAUUUUAGCCUCACGCGCGUGCAGCGCCUGCUCCUGUCGGAAAUCUCGGUCGUCAUCCGCUCGCUGCCGGAACUGCGUGGCGUGCUGAACAUAAACACGCGCUUCAGCCCGGAUCGGCUUGAAACACUAACGACCAGCAUCGCGGCGAAAACUGCGGAAAACACGUCGAGCAUGCUGAACGACGUGCGUAGGGGCUUGCGGACUGAGGUGGACUAUAUUAACGGGUACAUUGUCAGAAGAGGCGAGGAAAUCGGCAUGCGCUGUGUGAUGAACUAUAUGGUCACGAAUUUGGUCAAAGGAAAGCAGCAGCUGAUCAGCAAGGAGAUCGCAGAAGACGCUGCGCUGCUGGGUGACAAUCCUGCCACGAGUCUCGAGAGGGGCGAGGGGUAUGGAAAGCCGCCGCCGAAGAGCUCGAGCGUUGUCUGA